AUGUCGACCUCCAUCGAAGGACAACCCCAAAUUCCCGCCCGGGAUAACGCCGGCCCCGAAGUUGCUAAGCAGGAGAGCAUUUCUCAGAAUCCCUCUCAGCCUCAAAUCCCUGCCAUGGACAACGCCAGCACCGGAGAUGCCAAGCACGAGAGCUUUUCCCAGAGUUCUGCUCAGCCUCAAAUCCCUGCCAUGGACAACACCAGCACCGGAGGUGCCAAGCACGAGAGCUUUUCCCAGAAUACCUCUCAGCCGCAGAACAUCGAGAACAAGGACCACGCCGUGAGCUCCGGAAAGGUCGAGAACGCCGAGAACGCCGGUAGCUCAGAGACCGCCGGAAACUCAGAGAAUGCCGAGAAGACCAUGGACCAAGGCCGUCGCGGCACUGCAGCCAUCAUGGAAGACCACCACGUCAGCAGGGAGGCCCUGAAGGGACCUACCGGUGACGCAAAGAAAACCGCAGCAGAGUUCGAGAAAGAGAACAAGACCGGCAAGCCUGCCGGUGGAUCUAUUGCUGAAGAGGGCGACUCAUCCGAAACAAAGGAUCACGCCAAGGGCGACCACGACAAGGGCGACGGCCACAAGCAGAGCACCAUGGAGAAGCUCAAGGAGAAGAUCGCGCACCCGCUACAUGGCAAGAAGUCCGAGUAA